GUAUUUUUUGACAUACCUCGUAUAAAAUUUGAUAUGGUUACAUCAGCGGUAUGGAACAGCUGUACAUCUAUCAACACAUACCCGCGGGCAGACAUAAAUUCUGAUCAUGUACCAGUUGUAGGUAAUUCCAAAUUCAGAAUGAAGGUUACAAGUAAGUCGAUGAAGAAGUAUGAUUUUAGAAAACUGAAAGAUCCCAAUGUUCGACUGAAGGUAAGUGGAAACCUCAAUACAAGGGUGCUAACAUGCAAACAUGCAGAAACUAUAUAGGAAAGUAUGACCAUCAUACAAGAAACAGUGAGAGAACUGCAGUAUGCAGAUAAUACAAUAGUGUUUUCCAAUACCAUAUAAGGGCUGCAAAACUUAAUGAACAAAAUAACGGAAACAAGUAGAACAUAUGGACUGGAUAUAAACACCAGCAAAACCAAGCUAAUGAUCAUCAGCAAGCAAAACAUAACUGGAGCAAAUCUGUAUGUGAACCAAAUGAGAAUUGAACGUGUCUCACAAUACAAUUACUUGGGAACUAUAAUCAAUGAGUCAUGGGACAAUACCCAAGAGAUUAAAUGUCGCAUCGGAAAGGCCAAAAGUGCAUUCUUCACUAUGAGCUCUGUGUUCAAAAGCCAUAACCUCACCCUGAAAACAAAAAUAAGGCUCCUUAAAUGUUACGUAUACUCAGUGCUUCUGUAUGAAUUAGAAACGUGG